AUGGUGGGUUAUUACGACGCCAACCGGCGCCGCGUCGCGUCGUGCGUUAACAGAAGUCCACCGGGCAAGCUUCCAAAGGGUCACGGAGUGGGGCUGGACCAAUGCCGCCCCGCCACGCACUCCGCGCCAAGAACCCUCUCCGACGCUGCCAAGUGCUUCCGCCACAGCCUCGCACCUCACGGAGAUCGUGUCCGAAUUUGCGAACGUAACACGCCCCCUUCGAACGAGUGCGGAACUCAACUAUUCAGACGCUGGAAGACCUCGAUACGUAAUUUAAAAGGUGUGACGUCACACCACGGCAGCAUAGAAGCAACAAAAUGUAAUGACAAACAGAAGGGUACAAAUUUAAUCUGCAGCCUAGACAGCGCCCGGCUCCCUGGCGGCGCGCUCUCCCCGAAAUUGCCUGAAUAUAUUAAAGAAGGGCCGCCCUAUCUCAACAGCUCUCGCGCUAAGCUAAGAUUGAAGGCUCGGACGCUUCUCGUCGGCCGUGUCACUCCAUUAAGCCGUCACAGGCAGACGCGACUGUUCGGAAGGACGUUUAAGCUGAAAUUAUCAGAGGCCGCACAGGCGCGGAGGCUUUCGCCAAAGCUUGUUCAGGCGCUCAUUGCAAACGAU